AUGAGAAUUAGGUGUGGGUGUGGGAAGAAAAUGGUGCUUUUCAUCAGCCUUAACACUUUGUUUUUGGCUAUGACUCCCUUCGAGUUUUGGAAGUCGUUGUUAGGAUGUUUGCUGGCUAUUCACAAGAAAUUGAACAUCACUGAGCUUUUUGAGUCAUCAACUAUUUAUCACUUAAUCUUUCAGUUAGACGAUAUUCGAAGGGCUGGAAAGAUCUUUUUCCUCACAAGCGAUCCUAAGUAUCAAGACUCGGGUGGGGAAUAUAUUUACAGGCGCUUGGUGAGAGAUAUAAUUUAUACCCACAAAAAGGCUAGAUCGGAAUUUAAUUUGCCUCCACUAAUGCGCAAUCGCGUUGUCCCCUCAGAAAGUGAAAAAGCAGAAGCUCUACAGUCUCUGCGUGCAGCUUCACUACAACAGGCUACUGGUCAUUUUGCGAAAGCUAAGAAACUAUUGGAACAUGCAUUCAAACUUGACCCGGACAAUAUAGAUGUCUUAAUUGCUUUGGGUGAAGCUAUAGAGAGCUCUUAUUACUAUGGGAAAUCUGUUUCGCGUGUUGCUCUUCCUUUAACGAAGUCGCUGAUCCCUGUCUAUGGCCAAGUAUCAAACAAUGAAGCUGAUGGUCUUAUCUUGACUGCUGAACAUCUUUAUACAAAGGCAUUGAUUGUCGAUCCCAGCAUUUCUAAAGCUUGUUUACACCGAGAACGUUUAAUGCCAAUUGUGGAGGAAAUAGAUCAACGAAUUCUCAAUGCAAUCGAUUUUAAAGUUCGUCAGUUCUAUCAUAUUCCAGAAGGUGAUCCAGGUUUACGUCGUGCUAAAGUUGAACAUUAUUUCAAGCAUGUAUAUCACUCAAAUGCUAUCGAGGGUAAUACGCUUACAUUAGCUCAAACUCGAUCAAUUUUGGAAACACGAUUAGCUGUUGGUGGGAAAAGCCUAUUGGAGCAAAAUGAAGUCCUUGGUAUGGAUUCAGCUCUCAGAUAUAUUAACAACACUCUUCUACGUGGGGAUUUGACUGCUAUAACGCUAGACAAUAUAUUGGAAUUGCAUCGUAGACUCUUAUCGUUUGUGGAUUUGAGGGAGGCUGGAAGAUUACGACGUUCUCAGGUAUUUAUUGCUGAUCACCAACCACCACCUCCAUCUAGUGUACCUGAUCUAAUGUCAGAAUUAAUUAGUUGGUUAAGUUCUGAUGAAAUAGCCGAUAUGCAUCCAAUUGAAUUAGCUGCGCUAACACACUGGAAACUAGUGUUUGUUCAUCCAUUUUAUGAUGGAAAUGGACGUACUGCUCGACUUCUUAUGAAUUUGAUUUUAAUGCGUUCUGGCUUACCUCCAGCUAUUAUCAAAAUAGAAGAUCGUUUUACUUAUUAUGAAUUGCUGAAAACAGCAAAUGAUGGAGAUGUACGUCCAUUUAUUCGUUUCAUAGCAAAAUGUACAGAACGAACACUUGAUGAAUAUUUAGAAGCAGCUGUAAUAAAUCAUCAAACAAAAUCCGAUCAUGUUACUCGUAUUCCAAUUGAAAGUGUAUUGAAUGAUGACAAAGAAUCAAGUUCAGUAACAUUUGCUGUUCAUGAGUCAAAAUCUUUAAGUUCAUCGUCAGCCUAUAAGUUUCAAUAUUCUUCGCCACGACGACAACAACAAGCACGGGGUAUUCAUCCUUAUUCAUCAAGACUUGCGUCUUUUGCUGAUCCUGAAGAUUCAACUAUCCAAUUAGCUUUACCGCCGAAUAUAAUUUUUGCAGGUGGUUAG